AUGGCUCCCCAGACUGGCUCCACUGAAAAGGAGACGCGACCUGUUUCAGCCUUUCUACAGCUUUUCACUUGGGAAGAGAUCAGAAUCCACAAUGGCCAUGGUCAAGGUCAGGAGCAAUGGCUGGUGAUUGACAGGAAGGUUUAUGAUGUCAGCAGGUUUUCCAAACAACACCCUGGAGGCAGCCGAGUUAUUAGCCACUAUGCUGGGCAAGAUGCUACGGAUGCCUUUGUAGCAUUUCAUAAUGACAAGUCUCUUGUGAAAAAAUACUUGAAAUCUCUGCUGAUUGGGGAGUUGGCACCAGAUCAACCCAGCUUCGAGUCUAAUAAAAAAAAAUCCCUUUUAGAGGAUUUUCGUGAGCUGCGCUGCACUAUUGAGAAGAUGGGACUUCUGAGGCCAAAUUACGUCUUUUUCUUCCUGAUUUUCCUUCACCUCUUGGUACUGGAUGCUGCAUCCUGGCUUGUGGUCUGGUACUUUGGUAUAUCCUUAGUGCCUUUCCUGGUUGGCAUUGCGUUCUUCACCAUUGCUCAGAUCCAGAUGGGCUGGUUCCAACAUGAUCUGGGACACUGCUCUGUCUUCAAGACGCCUAAAUGGAAUCGACUUCUGCAGAUCGUUGUGAUAAAUGUUCUGAAGGGGUUACCAGCCAGCUGGUGGAAUCACCUGCACAACCAGCACCAUGCCAAACCCAACUGCUUCCGCAAAGAUCCUGACCUCAACAUGCACCCUCUCCUGUUCAGCUUGGGAAAGACUCUCUCCGUGGAGCUUGGAAAAAAGAAGAAGAAGUUCAUGCCUUACAAUUAUCAGCAUAAAUAUUUCAUCUUAUUGGCCCCACUUGCACUUGUACCCUUCUUCCAGCUGUCUAUAUUCUACUUUUCAAUCAAGAGGAAAAAGUGGUUGGACCUGUUAUUGAUUGUGUCUUUCAACAUCCGAGUCUGUCUCAUGUAUAUUCCUUUGAUGGGAUUUAACAAUUUCAUGGUGUAUUACUGGCUGUCCAGGUACCUAGAGAGUACCUGGUUUAUUUGGGUGUCGCAGAUGAAUCACAUUCCAAUGGACAUUGAUUAUGAUAAGAACAAGGACUGGGUAUCUACUCAGCUCCACGCAACAUGCAAUGUGAACCAAUCUUUGUUCAACGACUGGUUCACUGGGCACUUGAACUUCCAAAUUGAGCACCACCUUUUCCCCACAAUGCCUCGACACAACUACUGGAAAGCGGCUCCUCUGGUGAAAGCCCUUUGUGAUAAGCAUGGCAUUGAGUAUAAAAGCAAGACUUUACUGACAGCCUUUGUAGAUAUUUUGCAUUCACUGAAGGAUUCUGGGGAGCACUGGCUUGAAGCGUACCUGCAUGGAUAGAAACUGGCAGCUCUCAAAGGGAGCCUCCUCGCCAGACAGCUGCUGCAAAGA